AUGAAGAAACAGGAUGAAGUGAGAAGGUUCAUUCAGAAGUUUGAUGUUGAGUUGGUUGGGCUCCUUGAGCAUAAGGUGAAGGGUGCUAAUCUUGGCAAGCUUUACCAAAGAGUAUUUACAGGCUGGUGUUUUACAGGAAAUGUUAGUUUUCACAAGGGAGGAAGAAUAGUGGUAGCUUGGAAACUUGGAAGUUUUACUGUGAGUGUUGUAGCUGUUACAGCUCAGUUGAUACAUUGUCAUGUCACCCCUAUUAGUGGUAAAAAUGGCUUCUAUUGCACCUUUGUAUAUGCAUUUAAUGACAGCAAGCAGAGAAUUGAGCUAUGGAGAGACUUGAAGGUGUUAAACACACAGGAUCCUUGGAUUAUGUGUGGAGACUUCAAUUGUGUUAUGGCUAGUGAUGAGAGAAUAGGUGCACCUGUCAGGCAAGCUGAAAUCACUGAUAUUAAUAAUUGUAUGCAUGUUUGUAGUAUGGAAGAUGUGAAGAGUGUAGGGAACAUGUUCACUUGGAAUAACAAACAGCAGGGUUCUGCUAGGGUGUUUUCUAAGUUGGAUAGGGUAUUAGCUAAUCCAGCAUGGCAGAGUGAGUAUGUUGACGCAGGAGUUUAUCCAAGAUCUGCAGGAGGGAGGAAGCCAUUUAGAUACUUUACAAUGUGGAAGUCAGCUCCUACUUAUAAUACCAUCAUUCAGGAUGUAUGGAGGGAGCAAUUACCUGGAAGUAAGAUGUAUGUCUUAGUGACUAAAUCGAAGAAGGUGAAAGUUGUUCUGAAAGAGCUCAAUAAGAAGGGUUUUGCUGACAUUCAGGCUGCUGAAAUUAAAGCUCAUCAGGCAAUGUUAGAAGCUCAGCAAGCCAUGCACUCAAAUCCUGCAAAUCAACAGCUAGUUGAUCUAGAGUUAGAUGCCAUCAAGGAAUACAAAUUGCAUCAUCAAGUGUAUAUGGACUUUUUGAAGCAAAAAGCCAAGCUGGAUUGGAUCAAAGCUGGUGAUGAGAACACUUCUUUAUUCCAUCAGAGUAUCAAGGCCAGAAAUGUUCAGAAUCAUGUUUACAGCAUUCAUGAUAUAUAUGCAUGGAAAAUGGCAAGAUACUCCAGAGCUAGUCCAUUGAUUACUGAACAUCACAGAACUCUCCUCAAUGCACCUUACACUAGAGAGGAAGUGAAGAAUGCUCUAUUCUCCAUUCUUGGAACUAAAGCUCCUGGACCAGAUGACUUUGGUUCUUUCUUCUAUAAGGAUUCUUGGCAUAUAGUGGGAGAUGAGGUAAUUGAUGCAGUUCUUGAUGUGCUGAAUAGUGGUAAGCUUUUGAAGGAGAUUAAUCAUAUAGUCAUCACUUUAAUUCCUAAAACAAAAUGCCCCAAAAAUGUUAGUGAAUUUAGACCUAUCUCAUGCUGUAAUACACUUUACAAAUGUGUUACUAAGGUGAUGUGUGGUAGGUUAAGACAGGUGUUGCAAGAUUUGAUUCUUGAGAAUCAAGGGGGGUUUGUGCAUGGAAGAUAUAUUGCUCAUAACAUCAUGGUAGUGCAGGAUUUAGUAAGGCAUUAUGGAAGGAAAUCUGUUAAGCCUAGUUGCCUGUUAAAAGUGGAUUUACAAAAGGCUUAUGAUACAGUAGAUUGGUGUUUCCUGAAGGAGAUGUUGGAAAUUUUAGGAUUCCCUACUACUUUUACGGAGUUAGUGAUGACCUGUGUUACAACCCCUAUGUUUUCUCUCAUGAUAAAUGGGACUAUGCAUGGGUUUUUCAAGUCUAAAAGGGGUUUGAGACAAGGUGAUCCCAUGUCACCUUUGCUAGGAAUAUCCUUCCAUUUAUUCCUUGCUCCACUUGCUUUAUUUUCCAAGACUUCUGGUCUGAUGGCUAACAAGAGUAAGUCUGCUAUUUAUUGCCAUGGCAUGCCUGAGUGUGAUGUGAAAAGAGUAGUGGAUGCAUCUGAUUUUACUAGGAGUACUUUGCCUUUCAAGUACCUAGGAGUGCCAAUAUGUUCUAAAAGGAUCUCUGCAAGUCAGUGUGAUGUAUUGGUGGACAAGAUGACAGCAAGGAUUAAAAUGUGGAGCACUAGGAAUUUGUCCUACACUACUAGAAUGCAACUGGUAAAUUCAGUUCUUUUAAGCCUGCAUAUGUACUGGGCUCAGAUUUUCAUCCUUCCUAAGAGUGUUCUGCAUGAUAUUGCUAAGAUCUGUAGAGCAUUCUUAUGGAGUGGGCGGGCAUAUAGUUCUAAGCCAAGCUCUGUUGCCUGGGAUAGAGUUUGUUCACCUAAACAGGUUGGUGGUUUGGGUUUUAGGGAUGUGAUCACUUGGAACAUUGCUAGUUUGGGGAAAUAUGUGUGGGCUAUCACCACUAAGCAGGAUAACAUUUGGAUUAAGUGGAUUAAUUCAGUUUACAUCAAAGAUGGGGACGUGUGGGAGUACCAACCAAGUGCCUCUGCAAGUUGGUACUGGAAAAGGAUAUGUGCAACAAGAGAUCAACUGAAACAAGUUUUUUCCUAUGUUGAAUUCAGGAAUAUGGCUCAAUAUUCUGUCAAGCAGGUUUACAACAAGUUAGUGGGUGAUAAACCUCAUGUUCAAUGGGAUAAGGUGGUUUGGAACAGAUUGAAUGUGCCAAAGCAUAGGUUUAUAUGCUGGCUUGCAGUGCAGAAUAGGUUACAAACUACAGCCAAGUUAGCAAAAAUAGGGGUGAGCUCCUCUGCUGAUUGUUUAAUUUGUAAGCAAGCUGCUGAAGUUCAUGAGCAUCUGUUCUUCAGCUGUCAGUACAACCAAUUGUGUUUUCAAGAUCUGGCUAUAUGGCUUAACAUUAGAAGCACCAAUACAGGUCUACAAAAUGUCAUCAAUAUCAUCAAGAGAGGGAAGCAUUCCAAGUUCAGGAAUCAAGUAUGCUAUGCAGGGGUGGCAGCUCUAGUUUACUUGAUCUGGAAAAGUAGAAAUCAGAGUUUUUGGGAAGGGUCAGUUCCAACAGUUAAUUCUGUUAUGAGUAAUUUGAAACGAAUUGUAAAAGAUAGGAUUAAAUCAGUCAUGUGUAAGAAAUUUGUAGUAGUGUGUGUUCAUCUCUGUGUGAGAUGGCUAAGCUGUAUUGACGUUGGUUGGUAA